AUGGUUCUGGAUUCUGCACUAGCCGUCAUUCAGAACUACAUUCGCGCCGAAGUCACUGAUCGCUUCUUCAGCGUCCUAGCAGACGAAACGACAGACCGAGCCGGCCGGGAGCAGCUGGCCAUCAUCUUCCGCUACGCCACACAAGAGGAGGGUCGGUGGUGCGUGCGGGAAGACCCAGUGAGAAUUGUUGACCUUCUGCGCGAGAUCAAGAAAGGCGAGGAAGAGACGGAGGGCGAGGUCCGCAUGACUGGAGAAAAUAUCGGUGAAGCAAUCCUAAAAAAGGUCAACGAGCUCAACCUGAGUGGCACAAGCCGUAUGGUGGGGUGCGGCUUUGACGGAGCCGCAGCAAUGGCCAGCCAGAGCGUAGGGGCGGCUGCUGUGCUGAAGAGAGACAACCCGUUGUGCGACUAUUACCACUGCGCUAUGCACGCGCUGAACCUGUGUGUAGCAGCGUGCACAGACCAGGCGGACGUUCGUGCGUGUCUCACGACGGUGAAGGCUCUGACCACGUUCUUCAACACGUCCGCCAAGCGGGCAGAGGCGCUGCAGCGUGCUGUCGAGCGAUUCUGCCCUGAGCAGACGCGCUCGAAACUUGUGUCUCUUUGUACCACAAGGUUUCUUGAGCGUCACGACGCCAUCCUGUGUAUGUGCCAGCUGCUACCUGCAGUCACCAAAUGCCUAGAUGAAAUGAAAAACUGGUACUCAACAGAAACUAGAGGGAAGGCCAUCCAGCUGCUCAGCUGUAUCAGCACGCCUUCGUUCCUGGUGGCGCUCUUCUCUCUGGAGGCCAUCACGGCCGUGGUUCUGCCUGUCGCACGGUCGCUCCAGGCCAAAAGCAUGGACGUGUCGACAGCGAUGGAGGGCCUGAAAGCCUGCACACGCAUACUCCAGUCUUGGAACGAAGACCCGGACAGCGUGUUCAACGAGGUCAUAUCCAAGACUCGGGAAGUCGCUGAAGCGCUAGAUGUCGAGCUCAGGCCUCCCCGCUGUGCCGGGAGAUCACAGUACCGUGCUAAUGCUGGUGAGUGCGGGGACGCCGUUGAGUACUACCGAGUCAACUGCUUCCUCCCACUACUCCACAGUGUCCUCAGGCAGCUGCAAGCAAGGUUCGGAGAGAGGCAGCAGGCAUCAUUCAAGCUCUAUGGCCUACUGCCGGCCCACAUGAAGUCUUGGGAGGAGGUGGAGAGCGCCACCAAACGGUAUACCGCCUUCCUUGACCAGCCGCAUCAGCUCAAAGUUGAGCACAAGGUGUGGAUGAACAUGUGGAAGGGAAAAGCGGAGACGGCGAGGCCAAAAUCCGCGGUGGCAGCUCUGGACGCCUGCCCUGCGGAGCUGCUUCCAAACAUCAACAGGCUGCUCCAGAUCCUCGCCGCGCUGCCGGUCACCACCGCUGAGCCGGAGCGCCUGUUCAGCCGCGUCACACUGACGGAAACCUGCAUCCGGGCAACCAUGUCUGAGGAGCGGCUCGAGGCCCUCUGCCUACUGCAGGUCUACCGGCAGUGCCCGGCCCUGACGGUGGACAGCGUCCUUCAGCAGUUCGCGACCUCCCCGACACAGAGGAGGCUCGGCCCUAUCUUCUAA